UUGAACCUACAAACCCAGGUAGAGGUACAAAAUAAAUAAUUUUUAUAAAAUCCUAGUAAAAGGAAAUCAAAAUGGAGAUGCUAAAACAACCCAAGGCCAUGUCUGUAAGUGGAGAUAUGGCAGUAAAUUGGAAGAAAUUUAAAAAUUCAUUUGAACUGUAUAGUAUAGCAACCGGCUGUAAAGAAAAAUCUCAGCAGAUUCAGGCAGCAGUUUUUCUUCAUUGCAUUGGAGAAGAUGUCUUGGGCCAUUUUGAAUUGAGCUUGAAUUUAACAGAAGCAGAAAAACAGAAUUAUGAGGUGUUGAUUAAAAAAUUUGAGAAAGAAUUUGUUCCACAGAGUAAUUUAUCAGUAGAGUCGCACAAAUUCAAUCGAAGAGAGCAGGAACCAGGUGAGAGUUUCGAUUCUUUUUUAGGUGAUUUAAGAAGACUAGCUUCAGGUUGUGAUUUCGGUGCAUUAAAAGACAGACUAAUUAAAGAUAGAAUAGUCAUAGGAAUUAGAGACAAGAAAACAAAAGACAGGUUACUUCGAGAAACCAAUCUAUCACUAGCAAAAACAAUUGAAAUAUGUAAAGCAGCGGAGCAAACAGAGGAAUACAUCCGUCAGUUAAUGGACAAAACAAACACUUUAGAGGUAAGUGAUGUGAGAAAAAGAAACUUAAACAGAAGUCAAGGUAAACAACAACUUAAUAGUCAACAAAACACAAAUUAUCAGAGAGGAAACCAGAACGUAGCAAGAGGUUCGACAGCAAAAUGUGGCAGAUGUGGAAGAUCACAUGUUUUUAAUGCCUGUCCUGCAAUGGGAAAACAAUGUACAAAUUGCUAUAAGUAUAACCAUUUUAAUAAAUUUUGUUUUUAUAAAAAUAAUGUUAAUGCUAUAGAAUAUAACAGUAAUGAAAUGUCUAAUGAAGCUUUUAGUAGUAGGCAAGGGAAAGAUAAUGAAUUUGUAUUGGGGGCUGUAGAAAUCAAUAUGUUGUGUGAAAACUGGUUUGAAGUGUUAAAACUAACAGGAUGUAAUAAAAUGGUGAAAUUUAAAUUAGAUACAGGGGCUCAGGUAACUAUUGAUAUUAGUAAUUAUGGUGGUCAAAAGUUAGUUGUGUUGGGCUCUUGUGAUCUAGAAGUUGAAAAUAACAAUAAAACCUAUGUUCUGAAUUUUGUAAUUGUAAAAACCAAUAAUAAAUCAGCUCCAAUAUUAGGUAUUAAGAGUAUUCAAGUUUUAAAUUUAAUUCAGAGGUGUAACAUAAAUGAAAUCACUACUGCAGGGAUUUUGGAUGUGUAUGAUUCACUCUUUGAUGAAUUGCUGGAGGACUCCUUAUCUAAAGGGGGCCCUCCAGCUGUUCAAAAUCAAGAACAGCUAACCAUUGAUGAGGAAGCACUCGACAAAUCUGAGUUAAAAAAUGAUCAGGUAGAACCAGAUUUGGUUGAGGAAAGAGAACAUAAUAUUGGAGGUGAUCAAUAUGUAACGAGAAGUGGUAGGAUGGUUAAAAAACCACAAUAUUUGAAAUAUUAUUGUCAAUAA